AAAAGGACUCGAUCGACAGUUCAAAGUAGUCACUUUUUUGAUUUUUUGCUUCUUUUUAUACAACUACAUAGUUUCGACCUCAACUUUACGGCUUCUUCUCUUCAUUCCCUACCGAACGACUAGCAAUGCAAGACUUAUACGCUUCUCAAUACCAACGACAGCAAUGGUCUCGUCCAACUGACUACCCACAGAUUAAUACAACCGGUCCUACUUAUCCUCAACAGCCAUCAGCUUCUCAUUCUAGUUCAAGCAAUGGCUCUCCAACUGAGGAUAGUCCCACCUGCUUCUCUAAAAGUUCAUGAGCAGCAGCAACCUCCUCCUCCAAAGUCAGAGGCAAAACCUCAAGCUACUUUUUUAACAAAACUUUACGCUCUUCUUGAGCGUCCGGAAAACCACCACAUGAUCCGUUGGGAUCCUGCAGGUGAACAUAUCAUCGUAGAGAGACCAGAACAAUUGGCUCUCCAUGUCCUCCCAAGCAUUUACCGUCAAUCGAGAUUUGCGAGCUUCUCCCGGCAACUAAACAUCUAUGGCUUCAUGCGCAAAGUAAACCUUCGUAACGUCGACCCCGCCAUUGAUGAUCCAGACGCAAGCACAUGGUCCCAUCCCACCCUCAACCGCCACUCCCCCCCUGAGGUAGUCGCUAAUUUCAAACGCCGCGUCCCACCCCGCCUUCCUAAGCCAAGGAAGCGUGACACACAGGAACCCCCUUCGAUACCCCCACCCCGCUCCGCUAUUGGUAUGGGUCCAGUUCCUCUCACAGUGCCUUCGUCCGUUGGCCCGAAGGGCACCUUGCCCAAUGGUGGUCGUGCUCGUGGCUUUUCUGCACCCGGGUCAUUCACUCCUUUGAACCAGAGCAGUGCAGCUUGGAGCAACUCUUACCCUCACACUCGUAACCUCCCUCCUCUCACUGUCCCUUCCGAGCCCAAUCAUCAUAACUUGUACAACCAAUCUCACUUGCAGCCAAUCUCUCCCGCAGAGGAGUCCCCCACCGCUCAGUUUAGCGCAAUGGGUCCAGGAAGUGGUUAUCAUCACCCUCAGCAUACUAGCAACAGGGACAUGCUUGUCCCUCCCACGCAGUAUUCGUAUGCCGACCAGAAUUGGCAGUACUCCCCUAACAGCUCGACUUCGAACCAUUCGGGCAGCUUGUCUUCCUUGUUGAACCCACCGAGCAACAAUGGCUAUGGUCCGCGUCCAACGCCGACCAUCAAUACCUCUUACUCGUCUACCUAUUCGGGUGUUUCGAUGCACAGUGACAACAGUCCGCCCUCGCUAUCCCCGGAUAGCCGCCCAACUACGGGGUACUCCAUUUCAUCAGUGUCAUCCUUGCCGUAUGAGGAAUCCCCAUCGCACCACACUUAUCAUCAGGCUGAUUACUCGCGUCCCGGCUCGAGUCACCACCGCCCCAUUUCGCCAUCAUUGUCUCGUCCCCCUUCAUCCUCGAAGCAGUAUGGCCCGUCGUCCUUGAGCAUUCGCCGUCCCCGUCGCCAUAGUCAAGCCAUGAGUCCAUACCCCUCUCCUUACGACCAUCCUUCCACCGAGAGACCCUCGACGUCGCCUCAUCCAGCUGACGAUGGAAGCAUGCCACGAGUACGCAGCAUGAUUCAGCUGCCGUCCGUGGACUCGUAUGGCUUCCCUGCCGGGCAAGCUGAAUUCGCGUACUCUGCCGUUGGCGGUGGCGCAUCCAUCGACUCGAUGGAUGGACGGAGUGGUUGGGGUCACCACCAGGUUGGACCACGUCCUUCCACAAGCGCGUCUUCCAUCAGCGCAGCUUCCCACACGUCAUCGUCUCAAGCGAAUACCCCGCCACUCGGGGACGGAUACGGCGCAGGGGAAGCCGACAUUAAUCGCUUCUCUCCUGACUUUGGGUUUGUCGCUAUGAACGAGCACCUUCCUCCGCAAUAUACCAAAACUGUGAGCGAGCUUUAGACGCUCCGUUCCCGUGGAGAAAGUAGACUUGCUGCUCGGAUUCCUUUAAUUUCUUCCUUGGUGUUUCAUGUUUUGACUUUUGGACAACUCUGCUGUUUUGCGUUUGUGUUUGCCCCUCACGAUCCACUUUCCUUUCCUUGCCUCAAU